GUUAGCGUGUCUGAGCGCGGAAAACAGUAAAAAGCGCGCUGGCAACGCAACGGAAAAGCGUAAAGCAUUUUUUUCAGCAGCACACAAGUGUAGUGCAGUGAGCUCCACAAACGACUCUGUUGAAAGUGCAAUCGUAAAAUACUAGUAAUAAUAAGGAGCUUCACUUCUAGCAAAAUAUAGAAAAAUAACGAAAAUCGUCGAAUUGUGUAAAAAAAUAGUAUAUACCAACAUACACACAUAUGUAUAUAUAUGUAUUUGUGUUAAUAAAAAGUGUAAAAAAGUAGAGUAAAUAAAUCACAACAAAAAGUCUAUGUAAAUGAGUGAUGUGAAGUAAACAAAAUUGAAAUUUACAACAACAUACAACAAAACGAAAACAACAACAACAUUAAAUAAUCGCAACAACAACAUAAAAAAUUACAAUAACAACACAAAAUAAUCACAACAACAUUUGAGUGCUUGAGAAAAUUGAUACAGAAUUGUUGUCUGAUAGUCGCAGUGCACAUACAUACAUACAAACAUCACAGCCCGACUGCGAGUUGCACUCGUUGCGCUGCUUCGUCUGCUACAAAUUGAAUUUUGUCUCCUCGGCGACGCUGUUGCAUAGAUUUCCGGCAGCGUUUUGUGAAAGUUGUCACAGAAAAAAACGUAAUUGCACAAAAGAGGAGAGGUGUUGGCAGCUCCAAGUGGCGCUUUAGGCGCACUAAACAAACCGCUCAGCAGCAACGCUACCUAAGAUUACGCAACAGUUCGGUGUGUUUGCACAGCUUUUCAGCAACAACUUCAGCACAUUUGCUGGCGUCACCGGUAGCACCACUCCCAACGCCCCCGCCGCUGCCGCGUGCUACCAGCUAAGCGGCUGGGCAAUGCAAACAUGGAUCAUGCGGUGAAAGCGACACGUGGCCGACCAUGGAAUACGCUGCGCUUCGAGAACGACGAACUGGAAUGCCUCUAUCAACGGUACACGCUCAAAUUGCAGCGCUUCUCGGUGCUGGGCGUGGUCGCGUUGGUGGUGGUGUUGUGCGGUGUCAUGGCGGCGCUGUCAUUGGCCUACAAUAAUGCGCCCACCUUUCAUAACAUUUUCAAUUCCAUUGUGUGCCUGCUUUUUGCAAUUAUCCUAAUUCUACUGCAAUGCCGUGUCAUCAAGGAUCAUCACCUGCCAAUUCUCUGCUAUGGCAUACUGCUCUUUGCCGCCGCUAUUUGCUUCGUUUCGAUGCCGACACUGGGCAGUGUCUUUCCUGUGGACACAAAAGAGAAAGAGUCUGAGGUCAUGGCCGAGGGUGUGUGGCAAAUUGUUUUCGUCGUCUUUUUGGCUUAUGCCAUGAUGCCGCUACAAAUAUGGGAAGCAGUGUGUUUUGGUAUUAUUUUGCCAUCGGUGCAUAUUAGUUUAACGGUGUACAAAAUUAUAACGGAUUCAUUCCGCUAUUUGGAAUAUAAUCAGCUUAUCGCCAACAUUGUAAUGUUUAUUGGCGUUAAUGUUGCCGGCUUGGUCGUAAAUAUUAUGAUGGAACGUGCCCAACGACGUGCAUUCCUAGAUACACGCAACUGUAUUGCCGCCCGCCUGGAAAUUCAGGAUGAAAAUGAAAAAUUGGAAAGACUUUUGUUGUCGGUUCUACCUCAGCAUGUUGCAAUGCAAAUGAAAAACGAUAUACUCUCACCGGUUGCGGGACAAUUUCAUCGCAUUUACAUACAAAAACAUGAGAAUGUGAGUAUUCUCUUUGCUGACAUUGUCGGUUUUACGGUGUUAUCCUCGCAAUGCAGUGCGCAGGAGUUGGUGAGACUGUUGAAUGAGCUCUUCGGACGAUUCGAUCAGCUAGCGCAUGACAACCAUUGCUUGCGCAUUAAAAUUCUCGGCGAUUGCUAUUAUUGUGUGUCGGGUUUGCCCGAACCGCGCAAGGAUCACGCCAAAUGCACCGUGGAAAUGGGUCUGGAUAUGAUCGACGCCAUUGCCACCGUGGUGGAGGCCACCGAUGUGAUAUUGAAUAUGCGCGUGGGCAUACACACGGGCCGCGUGCUGUGCGGUGUGCUGGGUCUACGCAAAUGGCAGUUCGAUGUGUGGUCCAAUGAUGUGACAUUGGCCAAUCAUAUGGAAUCUGGCGGCGAACCUGGACGUGUGCAUGUCACACGCGCCACACUCGACGCUCUCUCGGGUGAAUAUGAAGUCGAAGCUGGGCAUGGCGAUCAGCGUUCUUCAUAUUUGCGUGAUCACGGCGUGGACACAUACUUCAUAGUGCCACCGCCGCACCGACGAAAGCCAUUAAUGCUAAACACGCUUGGUGUACGCUCGGCCAUUGGUAGUCGUCGUAAAUUGUCAUUUCGUAAUGUCUCAAAUGUUGUCAUGCAGCUGUUGCAUACGAUCAAAUUCUCGGAGCCGGUACCGUUCUCCAACAUCGCCACCGGGUCGUUUCCCUCGUCGGGCGGCAGUGGCACAGGAGCGCGCGGCAGCACGGCCGAAGGCGCCGGCGGUGAUAAGAGCACGCGAAAGGUUAUACGACUACAAAAAAUUUUACACGCCCCCACACCACCCGGUGGCGGUGUGACUAUCUCAGUAGGAACUACUCCUAACUCCACAUCGAAUACGAUUAGUCGCAUUCACAGACUCAAUCAAAAUAAGAAUAAACAGUCCAAAGUGACGGACAAAUUUAAGCGUCCCUUCCGCAAGCGGCACUCCUCCAUGCACUAUCAACCGACCAAUCGCGUCAAUCGCUUCCUCUCACAGGCGAUAAAUGCACGUUCCGUCGAUUGCGAUAAGUCCGAGCAUGUGGAUCGCAUUACUCUGCGUUUUCGUGAGAGUGACAAAGAGCGCGAGUACCGUAAAGAUUUCGAUUUGGGUUUCACCACCGCCAUGGGUUGCUCGCUAUUGCUACUGAUUCUCGGUGCAGCACUGCAGGUGUCGGCCUUACCACGUACACUCAUCCUCUUGCUACUCUUCCUGACCGCUUUUGUAUGGAUCAGCGCCAUACUGAUGCUGCUCUUAGCGGUGCGCCUCAAGUGGAUUGUCUGGGACUUGGCGCGUAGUUUCACCCUACGCUUGGCUAUUACAAUAUUCACUAUAGUGCUGAUCUAUUCGGUGGGUCAGGUGAAUGUGUUCACUUGCGUCAUGGAUCAUCCCUGUGCUAGUAACGUUACAACACAUGCACCAACCUUUGAGGAGGACCUGCUCAUGUUUGCUCACCAUAAUGAGGCGCAUCGAAAAUGCUCGCUGCCACAGUAUGUUUCACUUUCGGCGACUUUUGCAUUUUUGUCAGUUUCAGUAUUUUUGCGCCUGCCAAUAAUUUUCAAAUCCUUCCUAAUACUACUUAUGGGCACAAUUUAUGGACUUUUCAUCGAAAUGUCGCAUAUAAAUAUUUUCGAUUGCUAUGACAGUAGAGUCAACUCAUCCAUUCCGCUUCAUUUAAUCUCACUGGCGCGCAUAAUAAUUUUCAUGAUUGCCAUAUUGGUGCAUGGACGUUUGGUUGAGUGGACGGCACGUUUAGAUUUCCUCUGGCAGUUGCAGGCGUCACAGGAGAAAAAGGAAAUGGAUGUUUUACAGGAAUCAAAUAAACGGAUCUUACACAAUUUGCUGCCAGCUCAUGUGGCUGCACAUUUUCUCGAUAAUCAAUUUCGCAGUAAUAUGGAACUCUAUCAUCAAAGUUAUGCCAAAGUGGGUGUCAUAUUUGCAUCGGUGCCGAACUUUCACGAGUUCUACACAGAGAUGGACGGUUCAGAUCAGGGUUUGGAAUGCUUGCGCUUGCUGAAUGAAAUAAUUGCGGAUUUCGAUGAGCUUCUGAAAGAAGAUCGCUUUCAUGGCAUCGAUAAAAUAAAAACGGUCGGUAGUACCUACAUGGCAGUUGUGGGACUUAUACCAGAAUACCGCAUCAACGCCAAUGAUCCGAACUCAGUGCGUCGCCACAUGACCGCUUUGGUCGAGUAUGUGAAGGCUAUGAGGCUCUCCUUGCAAGAAAUCAACAGUCAUUCGUACAACAACUUUAUGUUGCGAGUUGGCAUUAAUAUUGGCCCUGUUGUUGCCGGUGUGAUUGGGGCGCGCAAGCCACAAUAUGAUAUUUGGGGUAAUACCGUCAACGUCGCCAGCCGCAUGGACUCCACCGGCAUACCAGGCUAUACGCAGGUGACGCAGGAGGUCGUGGAUAGCCUGCAGGGUUCACAUUUCGAAUUUCGCUGCCGCGGUACGAUCAAAGUGAAGGGUAAAGGCGACAUGGUCACCUACUUCCUGAGUGACUCCUCGAAUAACGGUCUCAAUGGUGAGGUGCGCAAUGCAAUGAUCGCCAAUCGGGCCAUCACACAAAAUGGCAACGGUUACGCAGCACAACAACAACAACAGCAGCAGCAGCAAACCCAAUCAAAUGGUUUGCAUGCACAUCCACCGGAAUACUACCAGAAACAGUCACAAUUCCAGGAUAACAGUUAUCAGCUGAACAUGAACAGCGAGACGUACAACAUAAAGAAAGAUAAUUAUGGCUACAACAACAUAGAUACCAGUCAAGUAUUAAUGAAGACCUCACCGAAUGCGUUGCAUGAGGAACAACAACAGCUGCUCAUGCACCAGCAACAGCAAGUCGCACAACAACAACCGCAACCGUAUCAGCAUCACUUGGCGCAACAACAGCAGCAGCGCUUGAAUAGUAAAUUACAAAAACAACCGAAUUUCAUCGCCAACGGCGGACUGCCGAAUAUACGGGAAAAUGGACAUAACGGCGAACACAACGGCAGCAUCGGCAGCGGUAGCAAUGGUGUUGGCGGCUACGCCUACAAUGGCUACCAACAAGCACAACAGCAGCAACAACAACAACAACAGCAGCAGCAAUACAACAAUAAUUAUGCGCAUCAUCAGCGUUCGCAUUCAUCCAGCUCGAUGGGUGGCGUCGGUGUUAUGGGCGUACUCACAAUGGCAGCAUCAUCUUCCCCCGCCCUACCCACACAACAGCAAGUGCAAAUGCCAGUACCAGUACCAGUUCCAGUGCCAGUACCAGCACAAGCCAAUCCCUCAAUGGUAAUGUUGCGCGAACAAUUUAAUAUCAUUGAAAAUCCCGGUGGUAAUCGGCUUGAGUACAUUAACCAUGACCCCUACGCACAAGUGGAGAACUAUAACAAUUUAUUUGCUAAUGGUGUUGGUGUUGGUGGCGGUGGUGGUGGUGUAAGCGUUGGUGGUAGGCGUGAAACGCAUGCCGCACGCAACUACCAUCAUUUGCAUCACAAUCAACAGCAUUCAUCGUCGUACAGCACGAAUAGUAAUUGUAAUAAUUAUAAUAAUUGCCGUGAGAGUGAACCAUUGUUGCAUGCCGCACCAGUUGCCAAGAUAAUGCCAAUGCAACAGCAUCCACAAGCAUAUCCACCUAAAUAUGAGCCACCACGGUACAUGUGUCCUAAUACCAUAAUGCUACAGCAGCAACAACAUUUACAGCAACAGCUGCAAUUGCAACAUCACCAUCAUCAUCAGCAGCAAUUGCAUCAACAAUAUCCACUAUACUCGCAACACCCACAACCGCCAUUACCAAUUCCGCCACCCAAACCCUCAAAUCUAACUGCAUCCUCAUUAGCCACAGCCUCAGUGUCAGCCUCAGCCUCAGCCUUAGGCUCAGCAUCAUCAUUGAAACAGAAUACACCUCUCAUACGCACUACCUAUAUGAAGCCCCUGCCGAAGUUGCCGACCGAGAUCGAUGAGAGCCGUGAGAUGUCUUCCACCGAUGAUCUCAGUUCCCGCCCACAUUCGCCGUCGAUGAGCUCCUCAGACGAAAGCUACUCGAAGACGACCGAAGGUGAAGCCGACGAAGAUUCACCACGCAUCACGGCUUUGAACAAACACAAUCAUCUUCACCAGCAACAGCAACAGCAACAACGUAAUGGCGCCAAUCCGCUACAAUGGUUAUACCCGUGCGACAUACAAGUGGAUCCCACGUCACCGGUGGUGGAUAUGUCGAAUCUAAAAGAUUUCGAAGUGAGCUCCACAACAGAGAGCCAAGGUCAACAGACGAAUACCACACACAACAAAGGCGACUCCUGCAAUAGUUUUGAGUAUCAAGACCGUGUAUUGCUCGCGGCCAAUAAGAAAGCGACCAGCAAUGGUGGCAGCAGUAACGGCUGUGGUGGCGGCAACGGUGGCGGUGGCAAUGGCGGUGGUUCGACAUCGGCCAGCAAUUCGGCGAAAUCGCCAUUCGAGAGGGAACUGCAAAGACUUUUGAAUGAAUCAACACGCGCACGCGCACUGGCCGCCGCCACCUCAUCGUCGGGCGGCAAUAUAACAUCCGCCUCGAACUCCAACAGCAAUCCAGAGGGCAAUACGACAAGCAAUAGCAGUAGUCGCAACAAUAUCGAAUUAAGCUAUUCGGCGAGCAACAGUAAAUUGAGCUCCACUAACGGUUUGGCAAUCGGUGGUAGCGGCAGUAAUGGCAAUCUCAGCGGCAGCAAUUCAAUGAGCGGCAACAAUAACCAAAAAUCUUUGAACACAACGAUCUUGGAUGAGCUGAUUUCGCCAACAACGGGACGUCAGCCGUCGAAGAUACCGAUCAGCACGAGUUUCAUGAUUGCCAAGCACCCUGUCGGACUGGAGGCCAUCAAGGAGAUUACGCGUAACAAAAAUCCAUCAGAAUCUAGCCAAAUGCAAACUUCCGAUACAGAAUCCUGUGAGAUUUUGCACGACAACUGCAAUCAGCUGAAUUUGAAUAUUUUGGACGCAGUCAACAACCAGUCGUCCACAUCAACGGGCACCAAUUGUCGCGAUUCGAUGCCACCGCAACAGCAGUCCAAAGAUCACAAUCAUCGACAUCGUCAGCGUCCACGCUCCAAAGAUUUCGAUCAGAGUCGUGAGAGUCUCGAUCAGCUGGCAGACGGUGGUGAACCGCAGCAGCAGCAACAACAGCGGCAUGUGCGUCAUCAUCAUCAUCACCACCACCAUCACCAUCAGCGACCACGUGUUAAUCACCAGACAGCGUUGAGUAACGACACCGAACGCGACGAUACCGAAGAUAAUUUAGCCGAUGAGGAGUUCGAGGAUGAUGAGGUGGGACAUGAUGUGCGAAAGAAACGUUUGGCCCCAGUGCCAAUGGAACAGCAGCAUGUCAAUAAUAUUGGCGGCGUUGUCAAUUGUUACGAAGAUGAUGAGAACGAACAUGUACAUGACGGUCACGAUGACUAUGGUGACGAUAUGGAUGAGGAGCGGCAUAUGGAAAUGAAUGUGAUAAACGAUGAACUGAAAUAUGGUGCGGGGCAUCAUAAUCACCAGUCGAUGGACUCAAAUCCUUUGGAAAGUCAAUCGGAGUGGUCAGAUGACGAUUGCCGCGAAGAGGCUACAGGUGGCGCCGAGUCAACGGGCUACAUAACCGAUGAACCGGGCCUAGAAAAUAUAUCAUUACUUAACGAAGCCGGUCUUACAGACGCCGAAGGCGCUCUAUCCGAUGUCAAUUCACUUUACAAUGCGCCCGAUGUGGACGACACUUCGGUGUCGAGUCGUGCCAGCUCACGACUACUCAGCUUAGAUUCGUUAAGUGGGCUUUACGAUUGCGAUUUGGACUCCAAGCAUGAAAUGGCUAUCGUUAAUGUGUCGCACAAAAUCACAAGUAAAUUUGGGCCACAACAACAAAGUUAAUCGCAAAAACACGAAUGAUGAGUGCUUAGCUGUGGUGAAAAUGUGAGAACGGAAACAAACUCCAAUUAAAAUACAUACAUACGUACAUACAAACUGCGACAUACAUACAUACAUACAUGCCUACAAACGAGCAUAUAAGAUAAGAGAUAAAAGAGAGCUAGAAAUGGUGUCUAUUAUUUUUCGGUGAAUAUACUGUAGCCCUUUCCCCCCAAUAUGUAUGUAUGUAUGUGAGUAACUAAAUAAGUAUUUAAUGGUUGUAGGCAUAUACACAGUGGACUUAGAAAACAUAAGAUUUCUUAAGGAUGAUAUCAUACAAUGCAUACAAGUAAAAUGUACAGUUAAGAUAUUGAUAGAUUGAAUGAAGAAUUGGUGCCUCCGACACUGUUAUUAUAGCGAUAUACAUACAUACAAACCACAACUCAGCUGGUAUGUAGGAAUGACCAUAGCACAACACACAAAAAAUGUUGAAUUUAAACAUUGAUGAUAGCAGCUCAUGCUUAAGACAGGAUAGAGAUACUUACACAAACGUAGAGAGAUCGGUAUGUGGAAGCUCUGUAGAGUUUCUUUGUUAAUCUACAAAUAGCAUGUAAGCGUAAA